GGACUACUUACACGCCACUCAGUUGUAAAGAAACACCACUUUAGCAGUGGGCUUUAUAAUUCUCUACAGGGAGUGAGUGCUCUCAUCCUAGCUAACUGACAGUGAAAAAGGGUUCUUACAGAGGUCCUAUUGGUGGUUACUUUUACAGGACACAUUUAUUGGGCGUAAGUAAGCAGAUUCAACAAGAGCUAAAAACUUGUCGAAACCAUUUGUAGAAAAUAUAGCUUAACAUUAGAAGUCUAGUGUCAUCACUAUCCAAGGACAUGGUCUUGCCGGGAACAGGAUUACCACGGUAUAGACUGUGAUGGAUAGCGACCAAAGUGGAGACGCCACCACUGGAUCUGCAAUUUCACUGGAGAUAAGCAUCAUGGGAAGGUUCCUGUUUUGGAUCUCUCUGUAGGACUGAGCCUAUGAGUGAGCCACUAUGGGGGACUGGAACUUGUUGGGCAAGCUGUUGGAGAGUGCCCAGGAGCACUCCACUGUAGUGGGCAAGGUCUGGCUGACCGUGCUCUUCAUCUUCAGGAUCCUGGUGUUGGGAGCUGCAGCUGAGAAGGUGUGGGGUGACGAGCAGUCUGGCUUCACCUGCGACACCAAGCAGCCUGGUUGUCAAAAUGUCUGCUAUGACAAGACUUUCCCCAUCUCUCACAUCCGCUUCUGGGUGCUGCAGAUCAUCUUUGUGUCCACGCCCACUCUGAUCUACCUGGGCCACAUCCUGCACCUGGUGCGCAUGGAGGAGAAACAGAAGCAGAAGGAGAAAGACUUGGCUGCGCAGCUGGCCAUCCACAAUGACAAGCAGCAGCUGCUGCCCGACACCAAGCCGAAGAAGCCCCCAGUCCGGGACGAUCAGGGCCGCAUCCGCCUGCGAGGGGUCCUGCUGCGCACCUAUGUCUUCAACAUCAUCUUCAAGACCCUGUUUGAGGUGGGAUUUAUCGUAGCUCAGUACCUGCUGUAUGGGUUUGAGCUGAAGCCACUGUACACCUGUAACCGCUCACCCUGCCCCAACGUGGUGAACUGCUACAUCUCCAGGCCCACAGAAAAGACAAUCUUCAUCCUCUUCAUGCUGGCAGUGGCGUUCAUCUCACUGCUACUGAACCUAGUCGAGAUGUAUCACCUGGGGUUCACCAAGUGCCGCCAGGGCCUCCGGUAUAGACGUGCCCAGUCCACAUUUGAGGCAGGGUACAAGGCCCCCAGCGAGGCAGUAGUGCCCUUUGACCCGAACUAUAACUACUUCCCCAGGCACCUCCCAGCCCCCGAGCCCUACCAUGCAGACGAGUACAUCUUAACUGAGCCUGACACUGCCUACCACCCCUACAGCAGCAAAGUGGCUUACAAGCAGAACAGAGAUAACCUGGCCGUAGAGAUGAACAGUAAACCAGAAGGGGGUGACACCACAGAAAAUAAAGGCUCCAGUUCUGCUCCAGGGUCGCCUGCAGAGAACCAACGGCGACCCAGUCGAUCCAGCAAGCACAGCAAUAAUAAGACUAGACUAGACGAUCUAAAGAUCUGAGGGACAGUUUUGGCUUAUUUCCACCACAGGGUUUUAUACAGUGGCUUGGCCUACAGAUCUAAACUUUUGUGUUUCCACCUGAGGUGGCGGGAAAAAAGUAUUGGGCCUUGGACCUAAUCUGACUUGGGGCCAGACCAGAGCGGGACUGUCGGAGAUGCAUUAAAGCUGGAAUUCUUAAUGGUGAAACUGCCACGGCUGUUUGCGAUAUUACUGCAAACAAACCCUGUUUUCCCCUUCUGACAUCAUUGCACACAUGAUAGCACAUCAGCAUAUGUAUUGGAAUUUUUUGGACAAUUUCCCAAGUAUAAAACCAGGGUUUUACACAACACAGGUAUCAGUCAAAACACAGCAUUAGCCCAUUUCCACACCCUAAACAUCACCCUGUACCAAAGUAGACCAUGUGCAUUUCAUAGGAAACAUUGUAUCAGGAGAGCAAGGUUAGGGAAGGAACAAUAUGGAAGAUAAUCUUUUCUCCUCUCGUGACAUUCUCUACAAGAAUGGAGUCAUGUCUGCCUUAUCUAAAAAAUAAAUAAAAAUGUACACCAGAUUUGACAUGAAUAAGAAACAUUUUAAAGAUAACAUUUGAGGGGUGAAAACAAAGACUUAAAGCAGGAUAAAAUCACAUUUGUCAGGGUCCAGUUAACAAAAACCUUUUGUAGACGCUUAGGAUCAUUUUGUUUACUUGUUCGAAGUAGUUCAUUCACAUUAAACAUUUUACUCCUGAAAACAGAACUUCUCCAACUGAAAAACAUCAGAUGUUUGAGGCAUUGACUCAAUGCUGUGUCCGAUGUGCAGUGCUACAAGCAGAGGUGGGCCCAUGUUAGUAGUUACGUUACUGUACAGAGCAAUCCCGUGGCCAGCAGACAAGACCCAAGUACGAGGUAAAGGGUACUCCCUGGACAAGUGCCAUAUCUCUAUCUGGAGAYGUUUGCCAGGGAGUCUGCAUGCAGAGAGGCCAAACGAACUCCAAAGCUUCAUUAAUUAAUUAGGGCAUAAAAAUAGCAACAGUUGGAGGUUUCUCUCCCACCAUCUCCCAAACAUUUACCAUGUAGAGUAUAUUUCAAAGUGUUCAAGGCAAGUUGUUUUAUGAACCCUUAAUAUGCAGAUUAUUCUGACUGGAAAUAAUGACAAAGCAAAUGCUUGUCUGUUUCAUAUCACUGCGUAAUCCUUUGGCAGACCACAUACCAGAAAGAGUUUACAUGUGUCUAAGAUACAGAACGCAUUUCAUUGAUUUUACAACCAUGAAUAAUGAACUGUAUUUUUAUGAUAGAAUUUGUACAAGACAUUCUCAAUUCUAUAUGCAUCCUUUAAUUAGAAAAAGACAGAAAAUAAACAUUAUAGUACAUAUUCAACUUCUCAAGACAUUCAGGACUGAAAAUGCAUUAAAACAUACUAUUUUGUCAAUUAAAAACAAUCUAAGCAGGAUUAAAAUGAAGUAAAUAAAAAACUAUUCUAUCACGAU